UAAAAUUAUUUAUUUAAAUAAAAAUGGCCGCCGUGGAGAGCGGAGAGGAGAGACUGGAGGAGGGUCAAGAGGGUGAGGAGGGACCUAUCAACCCCCGACCCCCUGCCAGAGAGAGAGACAGGUCUCACAGUAAGACCAAGAAGAUCCGCCGGGAGCGUCGCCAUACUGACCGGGGGGCGGAGACCACAGCGAUGACCAUGCCCCCAACAGCCACACUGCAGCCACAGACGGGGGCGGAGCAACAGACACAGGUGACGGAGCCGGUGGCAGGCCCCUCAGAGGAGCCAGGGUCAGAGUCGACAGCCGGCAGCGAAUCCGCAGGUUCUCCCAGGCAACGGCGUUCCAUCAUCAGGGACCGCGGGCCGCUGUACGAUGACCCAUCACUGCCUGAAGGCUGGACCCGCAAACUCAAACAGAGGAAGUCUGGUCGCUCAGCAGGGAAGUUUGAUGUCUACCUGAUCAACUCGGAGGGAAAGGCGUUUCGUUCCAAGGUGGAACUUAUUGCCUACUUCCAGAAGGUUGGCGACACAACCACCGACCCAAACGAUUUUGAUUUCACUGUCACCGGACGUGGAAGCCCCUCCCGCCGUGAGAGACGUCCACCUAAGAAACCGAAGGUGGUGAAACCAUCGGGGCGAGGCCGUGGACGGCCCAAAGGCAGUGGGAAGAUGCGGCAGGCUACAGAGGGUGUGGCCAUGAAGCGUGUAGUGGAGAAAACUCCGGGCAAACUGCUGGUCAAGAUGCCCUUUGGCAAGACAGAGACCUCCACUGGCACCACCUCAGUUGCCUCAAAGGUGGUGUCUCCUUCCCUGGUGCCCAAGUCCCGUCCAGGCAGAAAGAGGAAAUCAGAACAGGAAGUUUCGGCCCCACCACAGACCGCCCCCAAGAAACGGGGCAGGAAACCAACCUUGGCCUCAGCAGCAUCGUCAGCUGCCACAGCAUCCACCUCCUCGGCAUCAGCCUCUGGUAGCUCAGCAGCUGGGAGCUACGCUGCAGCUGCCAUUUUAGCGGCAGAGGCAAAACGGAGAGCAGCCAAGGAGUCUUCCGUCAAACCUGUUGUCCAGGAAACAGCCCUGCCAAUCAAAAAACGCAAAACGAGAGAGACAGUGGAAGAGAGGGAGAGUGUUCAGACUCCAGUGGCCACAACAACUGAAACUGAGAGAAGGGUCACUGUAGAGGUGGAGGAAGGUAAAGGCGAGGGGGCUCCAUCCUCGGAGCCUCAGCCUGCCCCCUCUGAGCAGAGCCAAUCACAAUCACAGAAGCAGCCCACUGCUUCUGAUGAAAGCCAAUCACAUGGACACAAGACACAUAAAGGGAGGAAGCACAAGGAGAAAACUGGAAUAGCAGCAGGAGAUGGAGGAGGCAGAGGAGAGGAAGUAGAUGAAGAUGUAGGUGAUAAGGGAGGAGAAGGAGGAGGAAGGAGUAGCAGCAGCAGCAGUAGCAUUAGCCCAUCAAAAAGCCACAAAAGGAAGGACCGGCCGCCUCACAAACACCACCAUCAUCAUCAUCAUCACCAUCAUCAUCAUCGCCACCAACAUUCCUCUACCUCCACAGUGGAUCAGCCUCCUCCCCCUCCUCCUCCAGCCUCUGGACAUCCACCGCCCUCCAGCCAGUCCAGGCCUGAAGUCGAGACUGUGCCUCAACUCACCACCCAACACUCCCAGCACACCCAGCAAGCUCCUCCCAGACCACAGUCCAAGUCUGCGACUCAGUCCCUGCCUGAACCUCGCCAUCCUCCCCCUCAGCCACGCCACCAGCUCCAACCCCGUUCCCAGCAGCAUCCCCCGACCCAGUCUCCCAGUAAGCCACAAGCCCAGCCUCGAUACUCAGCCCCCCAGCCCUCUCCUGCCAGGCAUGACCUGCCCCAGCCACGGCCCCAACAACCACCAUCCCAAACCCACAGUCAGCCCCAGGCUUCCCCCAAAAAGACUCAGUCACAGCCUGUCCACUCCCCAGCCCAGCACCGAACCCAGCUUCAGGCUCAGCAUGCUCCACCUCAGUCACACCCUCCUCAGUUCCCAUCCAUCCUGCACCUUCAUCCGCCCCAAACAAGGCAUCCACAUCAAACUCAGUCCCCCACAGCACUCCAACCUCAAACCCAGCCCAGGCAUCCGUCUCAACCCCAAACCCAACUCAAACAACAAUUUCAACUCCAGACCCGGCAGUCACUGCAGCCUCAAGUCCAACCCCAGACCAGGACCCCUGCCCAACUUCAGACUCAAUCCCAGUCCAGAAUCCCAGCCCAAUCUCAGCCUCAACUGCAGCCUAGAACCCCUGCUCAGAUCCAGCCUCAAACCCAGCCCAGAUCCCCUUCCCAAAUUCAACCUCAAACUCAACCCAGGACCCCAGCCCAAACGCAGCCUCCAUCCCAGUCCAGGACCCCAUCCCAAACUCAGCCUCAGCCCCAGUCCAGGACCCCAGCCCAGCCUCAAUCUCACCUGCAACCCAGACAUCAGGCGCAGCCCCAACAGCAGACGAGGCCCCCUUCGCAACACCAGACUCAAUACAGACCACAACCCAGACAAUCUCUCUCCCAGCCUCGGCCACCCCAGUCCCAGUCCCAAGCACAACUACACUUUCAGCGGAUUCAAACACAGCCGUGCCCCCAACCCCAGCCCCACCCUCAGCUUACCAGGCCCCAUGUGCAGCACCUUUCAUCUCACCGACCAUCUGCAAGCCUAUCCAGAACCAAUCUGGUCCCUGCUCAGCAGAACCAGAGUGAACAGCCCCAGGAUCUGAGUACCACUCGGCCCGGCCGAGGGAGCCUGCUGCCAAGCAGAGAGGCCAGCGUUGAGGGUGUCAGGGCGGAGGGGAGAGGGGAGCAGGUCACAGCAUCAGAAAGCAGAGAGGUUUUAGGAGGUGAAAGAGGGUCAAACAGCACCUCGAGGCCUCCCAGUUCCAUGACUCCUGGAUCUCCAGUGGUAGCCGGCUCCGGGGUCGGUCUUGUCCCUGGGGCAGAUGGUAGGGCUCGGCUAAGGGCGGAGCCAGAGGCAGCAGGUGAGGGCAGGGAGCUCAGAGACAUCGUCCCCCAGUCUGCCGUCCCUUGUCCUAGUCGAGAAGAAACUGUAGAGUCACGGACGGUCGUCAGCGAAAGAGUCAGCUGAUUGGUCUGGCUGACGAACAGGCUGACCGAUCGGUAGACUGACGGACUGAGUCAGCACCAGGUGGAGGAGGAGUGUGACUGGGCUGUUCAUUUGACAGUGUUUUCAGAUAGAAGGAUAGCGUCACACAGAGUGGGUAGGACUGCUGCAGCUUCUACUCCAUCUGAUUCUGUCUGGAGACUCUGUAAAGUUCUGGAUUUGAGAACAAACCGGGCGCUGAAGGACAGCUGGAGAGGAGGGUGGAUGGUGUCAUUUUCUAGGAAAAACAAACAAAAAGGAAAAACCGAUAAACAAGUGUGUGUAUAUAUAAUCAAAAGGCAGCUGUUGUGUCCCGCUAGUCUCCGUGGGGAGGGGGGGAGUAGUUUGGAACUAAAAACCAACGCUUAACAACACAUUACUCUGAACGAAAUGUUGCUUCCGGAAUAUAACCUCUUUUUUUUUAUUAUUAUUAUUAUUUCGUAUUUUGAUAGUUUAUUGUUUUGUCUCUGUUAUACAGCUUUAAACUCUGAUAUUAUCAACUGACGGUCCCUUACUCAUCGUUGUGCUGCUGACUGACAGUCUAUUAUUUAAAGUCCUGCUCUUUACUGAUGGUCUCUCACUAAAACUCCUUGUAUUGACUGACAGUCCCUGACUGAAACUAGACCUUGACUGAAAGCCUCAGAGGUGAUGUGGGGCGGCAGUUUGCACCUUUAGCUGGUCUUAAAAAUUGCACAAUUUUUUUUCCUUCCCCAUUUUCCAUUAAGCCCAUGAAGAGGGGGGUCGGUAAUGUUUCCUUUCCCCUUCCAGACCGCCCCCUACAGGUAAUGAACCUGAUGUAUGAGCGUGACUCUACACAGACCUCAUUUCGUCUUUGAAACCCCUCAUCAUUUGAAAUAUUUGAACAACUUGAGGAGUUCUUGAUUCCUCUUAUCAGACGCUAAAACAGCCUCAAAAAUAGAUGAGUCAGUUGUUUGAUACGAAAACCUUGAGCGCUCUUCAUUCAUUUUCCAAGUAUUUGAAAGGCAGAGAGUUGUUCUUCCAGGUUAGAGAUUCUUCCAUACUGGUCUUCAUAGAAUCUGUUUGUUCUCAUAGUCGUUUUGUUUCCAAAGGAAGCGCUUUUAAUAUCAAACCAAACCCACUUUUACAGUAGCUUCAUUUUAGUUUUUAGUCUUAAUGAAAGAGUGGGAAUUGGAGUCAUUUUUAUCGUGUCUUCGUGUUGAAUGUCUGGAACAGUUUGCACUCCUCCAGUUUGUACAAUCAACCGCCUGCAUGUCGCUCGGACACCCUGCAGGCCUUCAACCGGAGCGGCACGUACGCAGAGGUCGACCUCGUCAGGGUUUGCUGUCGGCCGUGUUGUGAAGGCAGACGUUCCGCAGAAGUGAAACCUUGAACGAGGUCUGGUUCAGCUUCAUGUGGAGUCAGAUAUAUUGGAGACACAAACUAUUCAGUGAGCAGAAAACUAACCUGUACGUCCAGAUUUGAGAGCACGAAGGAGACAUUCUUAAGAACAAAGGGUGUGAAUGAGACUUUCUAACGCUCAGUGUGGAAUACACAUUCAGCAGUUAGUGAACAUGAAGACGUGGAGCAGGUUUCACUCGACAAGAAACCAGUUAUUAUUGUGUUCUGGAAAAAAAAAAAAAGUUUCUCGUUACACUUAAGUGACAUGAAGUUACCAGGAGAUGUUGCUUCCAUUCAUGAAUUUCAUUUCUUAAAGCUUUAAGUACCUUCAGCGUGAUUAGAUUCAGACAAUUCAGGCAGCGUGGCUCUCGUUAAGAUCUCCAGCUCAGUUUGAGCUGAAUGUAAAGCGUCACUUGUUUGGCCCCGCCCUCUAAAUAAUCUCAGUGUGCCUUGUCAGCAUUUUCUCAAUUAUUUUAAAACUUUUUAACACAAGUCUAACAGUCAGUUGUGGACGCGUUCUGUUGAAGCAUUGUAUGCAUUAUAAGAACGGUAUAUCAGAAUGAAGGAUGGCGGCCAAUCACAGGAGUGAAAAUUGCUCAGCGCGUAAAACUAACAUUUAGAUUUCACAUAAAUAAAAACAGGUUUUCUUGGCUCUGGGACAGUUUUACAUCUAUUAAUACAUCUAAAGAUACAUCCAUGAGUUGAAGCCAGACUGUAUCAGCUACAGGUCUUUUCAAAACUCCCAUGUUUUUAGUUUAGUUUCCAUGAGUUUGUAAACUUUCUGCAGUUUUGGGUUUUUUUUAGACAGAAAAAAAAAUUCAAAUGCAUUAGUAAAAGUCAGGUGAGGGUGUUCUGUCAUCUUAUUGGUUAGAUGCAAACACAGGAAGAUGGUCUUCAAGAAGCUCCAGUCUACCUAAAUAUGAAGAAGAGAGAAGGUGGAUCUGCAGCCUUUCAGACUACAUGAUGUUCUGAUCCCAGACAAAGAGAACUUUAAUUAUCUAAUUUGACAGUCAUAUUUGAAAAAGAAUACAAAUAAAUACAUCUAGCAAUAAAUGAUUCCGGAUAAAAACUUAAUGUGGAGGUGUAAUUGUGUAAAAUAAAAGACAUUUAAAAAUAAUACAUAAUACAGUAACAGUAUAAAACCUUGCAUGAAGCCUUGCACGUCGCUGUCUUACUGGAGGGAUUUUCCAAAGUCAAAUAUUUCUCAAUAGGCACCACUGAACCUAUUGAGAAAUUGUAAACAUUUUGCUGAUAUAAAACAGUAGUUUCCAGUGGCAACACAGCUCAACUUGCUGGGCAGGCAACUGUUUUAGAGAAGCAGAGAAGAAGAAUAGAUUUCCAGGAAAAGAAAACAGAUGUUUUAUCCAAGUAAAACUACCACUACCUGAUUUUUGUUAUUUGUUGAUUGUUUUUUUUUUUUUUUUUUGGCACUUUCGACCUGCCGUACUCCCCCUGUCAUCCAACAGGAACAGAGGGCAAAUGUAAAUUUGCUGAUGUGCUUGAAGGUGCACCUGCCAGUUAUGGAUACCGGCUACUUGUGCAGUGAAACAGGUGAAAUGGAUGCUGCUGAGAAGAGGCAGGGUCCUCCAUUCUGGGGCGAGUAAAUUACGUAAUAUUUGGCCGAUGCAAAGACCUGCGUACCCACCAAUGUUUGAUCCAGCAUUUCAGAUACUGGUAUCUGAACUGGGAAUAACCCUAGAUGACACACACCGGAGAUUUUGGUGCAUUUUCAUGUGUUCAUGUCAAGGAGGUGGCUGCGUCUCCACGGUAACUGAUGCUGCACACCUGACCUGCUCUGGACCAGGUUCUGUUCAGAGUUUCAGAGUUAAACCAGCUAUAAAAAGACGAUAUUCUCUUUGAGCGAUGCUCAGCUGUGAGUUGUAUCUGCAGGACUGCUGAGCCGUGUGUCGUGACGUCACUGAUCGAAUCGCAUGUGACCACAGCAGAACAAACUGGAUGCAUCAUGUUGUGGUUUUUAGCCACAGGAAUCUUCAUGCAUUCAGUCGAAGCAGAAAAUCAUUUUUCCUGUUUGCUUCAGGUGAAAUUGAACACUUGAACACACUAAAAGAAUGAUGAAGGCACAAAAACAAGAGACCACUUUGGAUCCCCCUUGGUCUGUUUUACACUGUUGGUGCUGCAGCACACUGAUUAGAAAACUGAUGAGUCUAUUGGUAUUUAUCACAAAUAAUAUUUAACCAGUGAACUUCAUUUCACUUUGAUUUGUGAAGACACGGAUCUCCUCGUGUCCUUCAUUGGGGGAUAGUUUUAGACCUGAGUCCAGUUCUUGAGUCUAAUGUUUAAAUGUGCUGCAUCAGUUUAAGGUUUCAGCCUCCAGAAUGUGCAGUUAAAUGAACAGGAGGCUCUGAGAGUGUUUGAGAGCUAAAAGAAACAGGUCAGCUGAUGACUUACAGUAGCAGCAGUUUACUGACACUGUUCUCUCUCAGUUUAUCGGUUCUUUGCGUAUGACGCCAGUCAUGCUUUUUUUUGUGGCGCGAACUGCAGAUGGAGGACAGGAAGUGAUUUGAAUGGCUAUGGCAUCUUUACGGUUGCUCAAAUCAAUCAAACUGAGAAAGCAAAAAGAGCUUUAAUCGAGUACCAAAAGUUGUUGUUCAUUAGGAUGAAAAAUGCAAGAAAUUGACCGAAAAAUGUCUUGUUAGCUGUCUGCGGUCAGGCAGAACCAAGUCGGAAAAUGGUGUAAAUGGUGUCAGAUUAGCUAUUGUUUUAAAUCUGUGGUUCGUUAGCAGUUUCACAGGUGAACAUAAAUAAUGUACCGGGCUCGUUUUGUCGUGACGAUCUACGUCCUCGGUGGCGUUUCACUUUCAAACAGCCGUAACGUAAACAUCAACAUUCUCGGCCCUGAACGUUUGUUCCUGGUUAAUCCACAGGACAAUAAAAGCUACUAACCCUUGCAAAAAAGAAACGACAGUCAUCCCGGAGCACCUUGGUACCGAGGUCGUGGACCCAACCGCUAACAAAACAGUUGUACUCCUCCACACUUUUGUAAGCUUUCAUUUGGUUUCUAGAGUAGAACGACGUCUGAAUGAGCAGGUAGUUUGUUUUAUCUGCUGCCUCAAUAGCAGGAGAAAAGUCGCUCUUCUUCAUAACGUUAGAGGCACAUCCAACAUAUGUUCUGAUUUUCUGUUUAUACCUUUAUCUCGUCAUUUCAUCCAAACUAGCACAGUAAGAACUUUCCUCCAUCUCCUCCAUUGUGGUUUUCACUUCCUGCCCUCCAUCUGAAUUUAACACCAUGUGACUGCAAACAACCUAUUGGCAGCAGUGUUGCUGUUCGCUGAAAUAAUUGUUUAUAUUUUUCAACCUGUGCCUCUGACUGAAGGAGGCGGUUUGUAAUUGGUCCAUUUAGUGCUGAAGAAGAGUCAUAUGAUGAAGCCAACAGACCUUUUAACGUGAACACACAGAGCCUGAUGAAGAAAACCUGGUUUAACUGAAGGUCUGAAGGUUUCGGAGUCCAGCCUGCUUCACAACAGAUGAAUCUGUUAUGAACAUUUUGUGUAUUUUAAGAAUCACUUUUCAAUAGAACCCAGUAAAUGAAUGAAGUGACGCUUAAAUCUGAAAUUGUAGGUUCCACAAUAAAACAUCUGAACGGCAGAAAAGAAGGAAGCAGUAAUCAUAACCAGCCUCAAACCAAAAUGUCACUCUAGCUACUGGAUGCAUCCAAAACUGACCCAGAAUCAGAAAACGAAAAUGUACCCGUGUCCUGUAGAAUGACUGUAAUCUUCAGCCUCAGCGCAGCGUUCAUGUGAAGCUCUGUGAUUGGCUGUUUGUUGGCUUUGCCUUUUGAUCACAGUAGAUCUUUUUCAACAGUUGUUCAUCAUUUGUUGCGCUGAUUCAGCAGGUUCUUGUUGUCCAGUCCUGUCUGAGACCUGGACCUGAAUCAGUGUGAGCUCUCAGAUCUGGACGUACAGACGCAGUUUGAAUGUUAAAGCUCUCUCGGUAGAUCUGACAGGAUCAACUCUGCACCUCAGUGUUCUCACAGCUCUUUGGGGAAGGCUCCAGCACUUUAGCAAUGACGUUGGAAAAUUGAGCUUUUCACCCCUCAACCAGAACAAAAUCAAACAACUGAAUGUCUUCGUCCCGGAUCAAAUAAAUGUGCCUCGUUCUUUAAAGUCUUCGUCCACUCACGCCAUGCUCCGGUCGCUUUAUUGCAUCGGCGUGACCUCAUACAGGUGAUGUUGUUUGUGUCCACCUGAGGCUGAAGCGGCCUGACCUUUGCGUACGUGACGCUCCGCCUGCCGCCCGGUCUGCUCAGAGCAGUGAAGCUGUCGGCCUGCUGUCCCUCUGAAUGGACUCACUCCACAGGACUCGACCCGGCACAAACUACAGUAACCAGCCACCAUAUUGCAUGUUCCAGAGUUUAGUGCCUAUAAUAUUGUGCGUCUUGCCAGAAGCCACCAUGUCAGCCAAGCCAUGUUGUGUUUCUAGACUUAGUAGUGAUGUGUGUGGUGACUUCAUAGUUGCUAAUAUUGAGGAUGAAUAUUCUGCUUUUACUCUGGUUGGAAUUCAGUGGAAACUCCAAUACACUGUCGCUGUAGACAAAACUAGUUUUUACCUGUUUUCUUAUUUUUCUUUCUAACUAAAAGCGUUUGUUGUCCCCUGAUCUGUGGUCGUCUGACUGAUUGUAGCUCUCACACACAAACGCUUCCAAAGUCUGAGGAUGAAGAGCAGACGCCUGGUUUCCAUCACAGAGACGAAGCCUCAAACAUUUCACAUCGGCCGCAGGGGAAAAGGUCAUGGUUCUGUUCUUCAGGUGUGUCAGGGAUCAGGUAGAAACCAGGGCUGGAUCAGCAGACUCUAAGGGGCCCCAGCAGACCCUGAGGGGCCCCAGCGGACCCUGAGGGACCCCAGCAGCCCGACGGUUCACUGCAGGACAGUUUGGCAAUUUGAUA